AAAGACACACAAUUUGAUAAGGGCGAGAAGUUUUUAAACUAUUAUAAAAUCUUCUCAUGCGCCGUUAGGUACAACACCACUAGGCCGAUUCCACUAACCUUUCCUAUCUGUUUUAUAUCUUUACAUAUGAAACCCUAAACCUGAUAAACCCAUUUCAAAAACCCUAGACUCAGUCACAAAUUCCACAAUCACUCCACUAUGGACAUUGAUAAGAAAAAGGAGAAACUACCCACCACCUCCGCCAAUACUACUGCCAUUAUUGCUAAUAUUACCAAUAUGCAAAGCGAAGAGACUUGCAAUAACCUUUGCUGUUUCUUCUGCCUCAUGAAGGAACCAGAGUCUUCAAUGAGGAGAGCUGGAAUCGCAAACUGCUUCAAAGAAAUGCCUUUUAUUGACGACCAUGAACUUGUUCUAGUGCUCAGUGGACUCUGGAACAUCGCCAUGACUCAACCGAACGAUCCAGAGUUUCCAUCCCUCGGCAUCUUUCAGUGCAUGGCUAGUUUAAUCCACAGAGGCCUCACCGAUAGAGAUUGGCUCCUUAAGGACCAGAACAUAUACAUUCCCUACUAUGCAGCUCAUGUUAUCGGUUCCUACACCAUGAACAAGGUUGAGUUUGCAGAAAAAGCCGUGGACUCGGGUGUGAUCCAGCCAUUGAUAGAGCUUUUCAGAGGAAAAAUGAGUUGGGUUGAACAAAGGGUUGCAGUUCGAGCCCUUGGACACCUUGCAAGCUAUGAAAGUACCUUUGAAGCAGUCGCGGAGUAUGAGGAAGAGCUUGCUAAGUUAGCCAUGCAUUUGGCUUGUACCUGUCUUGAAGUGGUGUAUGACAUGCUUGUAGGAGUGAAGGAUAAGAACCAGAGGUUGAAAUAUCACUGUGACUUGCUCACUAGAGGGGUUGGAGGACUGGAAAUGGAGAAUCGAAAAGCCGAAGAAUGGGCUAGCCAACUUCAAUGCUGGUCUCUCUAUCUUCUCAACAGCUUUGCCAUCAAAGAAAGGUCCAUAAAUCUCAUCUGUAAGCAAGAAUUCUUGAAUGACUUGUCUGAAAUGUGGGGUGGAUUGAUGAAUCACACAUCACCUGCUGGGGUUGGACUCAUUAGAAUCUUGUGUUACAGUAAAACUGGAAGAGAAAGAAUUGCAGAAUCACAACAAGUAAUAGAGAAACUCUGCAAUCUCUCGAGAUCUUCGGAUGAUUGGCAGUAUAUGGGGAUUGAUUGUCUUCUGUUACUUCUUAAUGAUCCAGAUACGAGGUACAAAGUUAUUGAAAUUGCCACCUUUUGUCUGAUGGAUUUGAUUGAACUUAGAACACUUGGAGGAAGAUCUAACGUUGGUGAAGUCAUCGCAAGAACACUGCUAAUGGAUUUCAGACAAAAGAAGUCAAAAAUUGGGAACAAUAGAGUCAAGAAAGCACUCGAAGAAAUAUGGGAUUUGAAGGUGGAAAGGAGAAGGAGAGAAAAAAAGUUGCCUGGUGAGAAAGUUGAAGAGAAAAGGGUUUUGGUUAGUCUGAUAAAACAAGAAGGAAAUCAUAGCUUUUGGUCAGGAAAAAUUGAAGAAGCUUUACUAAAGUAUACAGAAGCUUUAGAGUUGUGUCCACUGAAGUUGAGAAAAGAGAGAAUUGUUCUAUAUAGUAAUAGAGCUCAGUGUCAUUUGCUGCUUAGUGACUCUGAUGCAGCCAUUAGUGACACAACCAGAGCUCUUUGCCUUUCAAGUCCUAUCAAUUCUCAUAGUAAAAGCCUGUGGAGAAGAUCACAGGCUUAUGACAUGAAAGGAUUGGCAAAAGAGAGCUUGAUGGAUUGCAUAAUGUUCAUUAAUGGCUGUAUCAAAUCAGAAACAACAAAGCAUGUAAGAAUUCCAUACUAUGCGGCACGAAUGAUCACCAAGCAGAUGGAUUUAUCAUCGCCUUUUGGCAUUGCGCGGUCAAAGACAUCAUGCCAUCAUGUGGAUGAAGUUCAACAAUCAGACAGCGAUGAUGAUAACAGCAAUGACGAACAUUCAAAUCAUGAAAAGAUAAGAAUUAUAACAGAGAACAAAGGUUUCAUGUCAGGUUUGUCCACCAUUUUAGAAGAACCUUUGAUUGGAAAUGGCGGAAGUAGUAGGAGAAAGCUGGAAAGAGCCAGGGAAAGAAAUUGAAUGUAACAGUAUCUUGGUAACAAAUGUAGCAGCAGCUUUGAUAGGGUUUAGCAACCAUCACAUGCUUGGUAUGUGACCUUCAUGUGAUGGACAAAUUUUGAUUAACUGGUUACUAAUACAAUCCAAUCAUGUAGUGUUUAAUUACCAAUAUGCAUCCAGAUAAAAUAUUCGGAAA